AUGACACGCAAAAAAAAAAUCAGCAUGAACAAGGUUCGGCACACAUGGAAUGGCAAGCGCUUUUCAAUGAGAACAUUGCUGAAUCUACGGGAGGCUGGAGGUGUCAAGGAAGACAAGCAAUGUGUGCUAGAAGCGGCAGCUUCUCAAUACACCCGGCGGUCGAGACCUUUGGAAUCAACUGGAUGGGGCCCCAGUGAAGUAUCUCGUUACAUGCGUUGGCAAUUGCGCGUCCUGAAAUCUGGUAAGAUCAAGCGAGGGCAGAUUGGGGGGUUUGCCUGGAAAUUGCCGAAGAAAUCCGAUAACGGGGAACCCGCGGAAUUGCCGGCCGAAGUGCUUUCUUUCGAGGGCAAGCAGAAGUCAAAGUCCAGGCGCAAGCAUGAGGACGAGGAGGAAACAUCCGUCGCUCCUGAGUCUGACGAGGAGGAUGAAGAGUCUGAGGACCCAGGAGCUGGCCCGACGAAGAAGGACAAGAACUGGUACCUUGUCGAAGUCGCUACUGAGAAGAAGGCGGUACUGAGUCUUGAGGAAGCCCCCUUCAAGCUCUAUGUGUAUGAGGGAAAGUCUUGUAUCAUGUCCACAGCUGACGCGGACUCUGGAAUAUAUUGUGCAGAUCUGUUCCCAAAGGGAUCCAAACCCAAACCUCCGGGUUCAGAGUCCAAACAGAAGCUUGCCAAAGCCAAUCCCAAACCUAUGGAUUCCGGCAAAGCUUCCAAGACUCCCCCCCCACCUCAAGAAGCACCUGGUCGUUCUGUCAAGCUCAAGGGCAUGGUGCCCGCAAGAGGCAGGAUUUUGGGGCUUGGGUCGGACAUGCAGCUUAGCACGAAGAGCCCAGACGUCGAGAUGGAAGCAGGUGGGUUUUCAGAGGGGGAGGAUGAGUCUCUGAAUCAGAAGGGUGAUGUGGCUGAAGAUGAUCAAAACCCCUAUCUCAUCAAGGUUGACGAUGGCAGGACAGUCAUGGUCCAUUGUGCUGUCAACAAGCAGCUCUUGUUGCCGGGAAAGUUUGAAUGGCGUAUCCAAGACCCUAGCUGUGGUGGUGAUGCUAUCCUUGAGUGUGUGAAUGGAUCCUAUCCCAAGAGAUUUGUGAAGAAUGCGUUCACUUCUUCCAAGACUACGGCGGUCGGUGAAACCAUUCCCCCUGAUGAGGUGAAAAAGGUUUUGGAACCCAAACCCAAAAAGUUGUUGGUGAUUCCUGUGGCAAAGGCAGCUGCUUCAAAGGCAGCUGCUGCGGUACCACCCACAACGCCUGCUGCUGCUGAGACUCCGAAGGAUGAAGGCUCGGAGACCAAUCCUGAGGAAGUCGAAGACCUGGGGGCCAACCCAGGUUCUGGGAUUGCAUCUGAUGAGCGGCCAAUCACGGAUUCAAUGGAUGAGACUACUUGA